AUGAGGCCACGGUGUGGGAGUUACAGGCGAGUCAAACCUCAUGACAUUUAUACAGAUUCCUAUGAGGCCACCGUGUGGGAGCUACAGACCGCUCUACGGCGGAGAGGGAACAGGGAAACCUUUAAGGACAAGAAGUUUCUGAAUCAGGACGACAGUGCAGAUCUCAGGUGCCAGCUGCAAUUCUCUAAGGAAGAAUCCACCCUCAUGCGAAAGAAGAUGGCCAAGCUGGGGAGGGAGAAGGAAGAGCUUGAGCAGGAGAUACAGAAGUAUAAGUCAGUCUACGGGGACGUGGACAGCCCUCUACCCCUGGCAGAGCUUGCAGGCGGUGGGCCCCACAGCACCAGGGAGGCGGAGCUACGGCUCCGACUCAAACUGGUGGAGGAAGAGGCUAAUAUUCUGGGGAGGAAGAUCGUUGAACUAGAGGUGGAGAACCGAGGCCUGAGGGCCGAGAACGAGGACAUCCGCUGCCAGUACGAGAGGGACUGUUUCGGCCGGGAGCCCUUCAGCAGCAUGCCCUCCUCCCCGUACGGCGGAGACGCUCUGGAGUCAGCCGGGGAGCUGCGGCGCCACCUACAGUUUGUAGAGGAAGAGGCAGAACUUCUACGGCGGUCCAUCUCGGAGAUCGAGGACCACAACAAACAGCUGACCUCCGAACUGAACCGCUUCAAGUUCGGCCCGAGAGACGAGGAGGUCGAUGUCGGAGUGAUGCUGAUGAAGACCGGUAAUGGGGGUAACGGUGGCGGCGGGGGUAACGGUGGCGGUGUUGUGAUGAUGGAGGAGCUGAAGGCAGCCAGGAUGCAGAUCAACGAGCUCAGCGGGAAGACCGCUCUACGGCGGAGAGGGAACAGGGAAACCUUUAAGGACAAGAAGUUUCUGAAUCAGGACGACAGUGCAGAUCUCAGGUGCCAGCUGCAAUUCUCUAAGGAAGAAUCCACCCUCAUGCGAAAGAAGAUGGCCAAGCUGGGGAGGGAGAAGGAAGAGCUUGAGCAGGAGAUACAGAAGUAUAAGUCAGUCUACGGGGACGUGGACAGCCCUCUACCCCUGGCAGAGCUUGCAGGCGGUGGGCCCCACAGCACCAGGGAGGCGGAGCUACGGCUCCGACUCAAACUGGUGGAGGAAGAGGCUAAUAUUCUGGGGAGGAAGAUCGUUGAACUAGAGGUGGAGAACCGAGGCCUGAGGGCCGAGAACGAGGACAUCCGCUGCCAGUCGAGAGGGACUGUUUGGCCGGGAGCCCUUCAGCAGCAUGCCCUCCUCCCCGUGGGCGGAGACGCUCUGGAGUCAGCCGGGGAGCUGCGGCGCCACCUACAGUUUGUAGAGGAAGAGGCAGAACUUCUACGGCGGUCCAUCUCGGAGAUCGAGGACCACAACAAACAGCUGACCUCCGAACUGAACCGCUUCAAGUUCGGCCCGAGAGACGAGGAGGUCGAUGUCGGAGUGAUGCUGAUGAAGACCGGUAAUGGGGGUAACGGUGGCGGCGGGGGUAACGGUGGCGGUGUUGUGAUGAUGGAGGAGCUGAAGGCAGCCAGGAUGCAGAUCAACGAGCUCAGCGGGAAGGUGAUGAAGCUGCAGUAUGAGAACAGAGUUCUGAUGUCCAACGUUCAGCGCUGUGACCUGGCCCAACACCUGGGCCUCCGCACCGGCUCCCCACGGGACAGCGAUGCAGACAGCGACACCGGCCGCCGAGACGCCGCAGAAGAGGAAGAAACUGGGAGGCUCCUCCUUCUACACCCGAAGAGGGAGGGGCCUGUUGGCGGCGAGAGCGACUCUGAGGACCUGUUUGAGAAGACCACCACGACCUCUGGUUUCGGAAGUCACAAGCCCUCAGACGAGAUCAGCGGGCUCAGCACCACGGAACUAGCCAACCUCAGACGAGAAGACCGUGAGACGUUCAUGAACGUCAAACGAGAAGCAGAGCGUCUUGGGAAGACCGUAGACCGCCUCAUUACCGACACGGACAGUCUGAUCUACGAGGGAAAGAUUAUAGUAACAGGAGGGGACACUCUCUGCAUAGAGGGGUUCAGAGGACACAGGGGGGAGGGAAGCGGAGAGGACAGGGGCAACACCACCACACUCCCAGAGUCCCUACAAGACUCCCAGGUCCUGGACACUAUCAACACCCGAAUGAAGGCCUUCAGAACAGAGCUCCAUAUCUUCAUGGAGAAGGUGGAUCACCUGGGAGACGGGCUAAGGGAGAGGGUAGGGGACCGGGAUAGUGGGGAUGACCUGUCGCCCAUGCCCAACCUUACAGAGUCUAGCAGCUUCCUGUCAGGGGUCACUUCCAUGUCCCGGGAUUCGCCCAUCAGCACCCUGGGACGCGACCUGGUCACAGAUUUCCAGGGCAAGUCCUCCUUGCGUGUGAUCACAGUGCAACAGAAUCCGCUCCACAUCGACGCCCUGCAGGAGGGAGCAGUGUACUGCGUCAAAGCCCAGGCCCAUCUGGACACCCACAGUAAAAGCAGCAGCACUGACACACAGUGUGUCUCCAUCACAG